GUGCAAAGAUAACCAGCAAUGAGUAACCAGCUUUGGUAUCUUUGCUGGAGAAAACUGCUGCAGAUACGAACGCGUAACCUGCAAUUGUGUUUGAUUGGAAUCUCUGAAGGUCAACCUGCAAACAUUGUGGUAACAAUCAUCGGCUUUUCAGUCUUCCUACCUACAACCUCAGGAUUACAGCGAGAACCCUCCAAACAGAAGAAAGGGAAGCGUGAAAAAUGCUGCAGAGGUUGAGCAGAAGGUUGUGGUACUAUCGCAGCGUCGCCGUGAUUGUUCUGACGCCGCUGCUGCUGCUUCCUCUUCUUCUUGUCAUCGGUACAAAGGAGGCAGAAUGUGCCUUUGUGUUGCUGCUGUUGGCGACGUACUGGGUGACGGAGGUGAUUCCUCUGUCCAUGACCGCCAUGCUCCCCGCCGCCCUCUUCCCCAUGUUUGGCAUCAUGAAGUCGUCAGAUGUGGCAAAGGAGUACUUUAAAGACUUCCACCUCUUGCUGCUGGGCGUGACCUGCCUCGCCACGUCCAUUGAGAAGUGGGGUCUCCACCGCAGAAUCGCCUUGAGGCUCGUCCUCAUGGUGGGAGUCAACCCUGCAUGGCUGAUGUUGGGCUUCAUGUCCGGCUGUGCAUUCCUCUCCAUGUGGGUCCAGAACACCUCAGCCGUUACCAUGGUGAUGCCCAUCGUGGAGGCUGUUCUCCAGCAGAUCCUGAAGGCCAACGAAGGAGGAGGCGCUGGUGAAGUCAACCCCAAUCUGCAACUUGAUGAAACUGACUGCCAUGUUGAAAAGAUGGAGGACAAUGUGAGUAACCAGAAGCGUCCAGAUGUUCCUGAAGAAAAGUUGACUUGUUUUCAGAUACAGACAGUGUCUCAGCCGGUUGCAGCUCAGGUUGCCAUGAGUCAGCCUGCGGCUCCCAGCAGGAGUAAACGUGACCUGAUGAUUUGUAAAGCCAUGUGCAUCAGCGUGGCCUACUCCUCCAACAUCGGAGGCAUCAGCACGCUGCCCGGCACCUCGCCUAACCUCAUCUUCUCCGAGUACCUCAACCAGAUUUACCCAAACUGUAACUGUGUAAACUUUGGGAACUGGCUUCUGUUGUGUCUGCCCAUCAGUGUGAUCAUGCUGCUGCUCACAUGGAUUUGGCUGUGCUGGCUCUUCAUUGGCUCAGACUUCAGGUUCCUGUGGAGAUGUGGAGGAAGGAAGAGCGAGGGAGACCAAGCAGCCAGGAGAGUGAUAGAAGAAGAGUACAGGUCGCUGGGACCCAUGAGUCCUCAGGAGAUCUUCACUGGUUCAGUUUUCCUGCUGAUGGUUUUGUUGUGGUUGACCAGAUCUCCUGGUUUCAUACCGGGCUGGGCUUCUCUCUUCCCUCAUCCGUCCGGCUACAUCACCGACGCCACUGUAGCUCUGCUGCUGGGUCUCCUCUUCUUCAUCGUACCUGCCAGCGGACCCUCGCAGAAAUAUGAGACCAUGAUUUCUUGGAAAGAGUUCCAGGUCUCCAUGCCCUGGAAGGUCGCCCUGCUGGUCGGUGGAGGCUUUGCACUCGCUGAAGGCACAGAGGUAUCAGGCCUCUCUCAGUGGGUUGCCAAGCUGCUGACACCUCUGGGUGACCUGCCAGUCUUGGCCACUAUCACAGUCGCCUGCAUCAUCGUCACCACGGUGACGGAGGUGGCCAGCAAUGCUGCCACCAUUACCAUCUUCCUCCCCAUCCUCUCUCCUUUGGCUGAGGCCAUCCAUGUUAACCCUCUGUACGUCCUGAUCCCCACCACCCUCUGCACAUCCUUCUCCUUCCUACUGCCGGUGUCCAACCCGCCCAACGCUGUCGUGUUCGCCUACGGACACAUCGACAUCCUGGACAUGGUGAAGGCGGGGCUCGGCGUCAACAUGAUAGGCGUCCUUGCCACGCUGUUGGCCGUCUCGACGUGGGGAGUUCCAUUAUUCUCUCUGGAUACGUACCCUGAAUGGGCGCCGGUCCUCCCGGGGUUCAACUCCACCAUGCCGUGAUGAAUGGUGCCCAAAAACAGAUCUCAGUGGGAGGCUCAGGGACCGAGCUGGAACUCUUCAGAGGCUCUCUGGGCAUUCCUCAUGCUGAGAGAGCGUAUUUAUUCUUCUUCAGGUGUUUUAAAGCUCCUCCCACUCUGAGGAACUUUUAUUUUACAGCUUUUUGUCACUUGAAGCCCCAACAGUUUCUCUGUAAAAAUUGUUAUUGUAGUUUUCUUUUUACUAACUUUUACAUGACUUGUCAGUGCUGCCCUGCUCAAGGGCACCUCGGCAGUGCUCAGGAAGUGAACUGGCUCCUUUCCAGCUACCAGACCAACUUCCAGACUUGGU